UUUCGGAAGGGGUGACAUAUUCUGUGUGGCGAAACUUUGCUAUUAAAAUACAUAAAUAACAUGAGCGUUAUUAUUUUUUUAAACGUAAAUAUCAGUCAAUAACACAUUUUACUCCAAUACACUGUUGCUACUACUUUACAUAUUUGGGAUUCACAUCUGGUUUACUCCUGACGCCCCCCUCCCUUUGGCUCAGCUUGUGUGUACGAGGAUUUUCCUACAAUCAAAGCUGCAGGCUGGAGGCAGCGACGCAGCUCACUUUAGCUGUCGUCCCUCUUCAGACUUGUACUGCUGGGGACGCCAAACUGGCAACUGCGAGAAACUUUUAGAUGAAGUACUGAAAACACCCAUCUACCUCCACGGCCUUCACCAGCACUGCAGUCCAGAUGGGAGGCCACCAACUGCUCAUCGGCGUUGCCCAAAUGCACUAUCAGCCAUACACCCUGAAAUAAAAUGGCCACCCCUGACCUUUUUCUGUACAUGAACGCCCCGGAGCAGAGCUGCUUGUUACCAUGGUGAUCAUUUCUUCCAAAACACUGGAAAAGAAGAAGAGUGUCAAUGAUGUAACGUCCAAGAGUAUUGAGAGUUGGCUGAGUGAGCUCCACACCAUGAGCAGAGGGACAACCCUCCUCUCCUGUGGAGCCGUAGAGUCAGACAGAUGGCUGGACUCGGGGAAAAACUUUGCAAUCCAGCAGAGAUCUUCAUUUCAGGAGGAUUCCAGUCUGGAGAGCCUGUGGGAUGUGAUGCACGAGCCAGGCAGCCAGCACUGGUCCAACGAACCAGGCACCAUUACUAGUUUAAUAAGGGAUCUGAGUCUGAGCAACAGCGGUAUGAUCAGCACCCACAAGACGUCCGCCACUUCACAUUACACCACUACAGCCACGGGCCAAACUCCUGCAGCACCACCAAGUAAACGCCAGUGUCGCUCCCUGUCUUUCUCCGAUGAAUUCGGGGGGUUCCGCUCAUCCUGGAGGCCCCAAGGCUCCAGAGUGUGGACGGCGGUGGAGAAACGUAGGUGCUACAGUGGAGGAAGUGUCCGAGGAGGGGGGUGUCAUUUUCCCGCCAUGCAGCGCAGUUCCAGCUUCAGUUUGCCCUCGCGCUCCAGCCUCCCUUCAGAUGGACUCCUGGACCUGCCGAUUUUCAACCAGCAGCUGCCGCCCCACCCGCAGUUCACAGCCUCUCCAGUCUCCCCGACUUCGCCGUCUUCACACCACCGUCACCACUCCUACAGUCACAUUUCUCUCAGGCCUCUCUCCCUGUCCCACGAGCAAAUCAGCCUGACGGAGCUUCAGAGCGAAGAAGUGUCAGAGACCAGCUCUCCAGACUCCACCCCUGAGCUGGGGAGGCGAGUUGGGAAGGGAGCGGCGGGGAAGGGAUGCCUGAGCCGGAGCAGGUCCCAGCCCUGCGUGCUGAAUGACAGAAAGAUUGGUAUGAAGCGCAGAAGACCAGAGGAUGCCCAGGAGCAGCGUCCCUCCCUGGACUUGGCAAAGAUGACUCAGAAGCUCCAGACGUUUCAGAGUUUAAGCUGCCCUGGGUUCACGUCGGCUGACAGCUGCCAAUCAAGCCUGCCCCCGCCCUCCUUUGACACAGUCGGCCAAUCGGAGUCAGACUUCACAGCCGCGUCGGAACUGGGGUUAAAGGGAUGCCAAGAUGAGGACGAGGACGAGGAUUCGUCGUACGAGGAUCUGGACAGCGACUCUGCCUGCAGCGUGGACUCGCCACCCGGCUCCCCCGUUUGCAUCGUGGACAGUAAGCACGCCCUGUGGAAGGGCGACUGCGGGAUACAGAGAGACAUUUUUCAGCUGGGAGGAGAGCUGGAUCUCGAACAGAUUGAGAGAAACUGAAGUAAUAUUAUAGAUGGUAUGGCAUGGGUUGCAAAAAAUUUUUUAAAAAAGACCAAUUUUGAAAGGGAAAAACUGUUGGAAGGACUGGGAAGUGUGUUUGUAGUGACACAUUUGCCCUAAACAUUCUUAAAGUUUAAAUCAAAAUAGAUGUGCCCUUAGUUGUUUUUAUGUGUUGGGUAUUCGGUUUAACUCAGGAGUGGAAAAUUGAGGGUCAGUCUUAAAACGUCUCCAAGCGGCUUUUCUACUUUCGGAACUUUCCAAAGUCGAUUCACUUUAGGUUUGUAGAAGUGUAGCAGUAGCUGAGCUCUCCUGUAUCUGGCUUCUGCUUGAAAUCGGAGCGUUGGUGAAAAGAAACGUGAAAGACUUCGCUGUGCCUUUUCCUCCUCAGCUUUUGAAAUGUUUUUGUCUGAAUGUAGGCUCAAAAAGCUUUAUGGAGAGUUCAGAACAUGAAAAAAAAAGUGCCUUUGUUUGGAUGCUUGUUUGACUCGCUCUCUUCAAGAAAAACUUGCCACACUCAAAGCCACCUUCCUUGGCGUAUGUAUGCAAGUUGUUUGAAUUAAAACACUGAAUCUCGACCUUUGACUUCUAACAGCAGCAUGUAUUUUUCUACGUAUCGGUAUUUUUUCUUAAAUGAGCUGUUUGUGAAGGAGUAACAAUAUAUGGGUGUCUCUUGUAACGGAAUGGACUUGAAAUAAAUUUGCAACCCACACUCA